AUGCAACAUCUUCCGGUAUACUACUUUACGAAUCCUCGCGGUGUGCGCGUCCUUGCCUCCACCGUGGUCCUCGCAUCAGUUUUCUGGAUUUUCUACCAAUGGUCCAGCACUGUCGAUGGUGCUACCCGAUUCUCCCGAGAUGCUAUUCACGACAUUCAGAACAAAACUCUCGGUUUCGGCGCCAUUCUUCUCAUAUCUCUUGAUUUCCGAACGGACAGGCGUGAUGCGUUAACACUCAUCACCUCCACCUCGGACAUCGAAAUCACCGAGGUCAUCGAUGGUGUUCGUGGCGAAAGCAUACACGAGAAAGCCCACCCCACCGGUGAGUGGCCGGAGCGGGUGGAUAUGUCACAUUUGGGCAGUUGGAGGAGCCACAUGAAUGCUCUCAAGUACAUUAUCGAUAACCAAAUCGAGACGGCAUUGAUAGUCGAGGACGACGUGGAUUGGUGA